AUGACAAUUGGUAACAUUCGUGGUCAUUUGGCAUCCAUCUCAAACCAUCACAUCAAACACAUUUCCAAAAUCGAUUGCUGGACAACUCAACUCGGUGCACGAGUCCGUAUUACUGUGCCAGAGUCAUGUUCCGCACACACUAUCCAUCAACUCUGUCACCAAUCAUCCGUACAACAACUGACACAUACACAAAAACUGUCAACGCAGGCAUCCAACGACAUCCUCACUCCAAUGUGUCAAACAUUGCCAGCAAACACUCACUACUUUGACAUAUAUUCAGCCAAACCGACUAUGUGGAUUAUCCGAGACUUGCAUUGCAACGGACAGUUUCAAGCACACAUCCAUUCCACUCAUCCAACUGACAUAUCACAACUCUGCAUAUAUGCCUAUGAUCGGAUUGCAAUGUUCACGAUUGGUGGAAUAUAUGCAGCGUUUGAUGGAUCAUACACGGACACACACGAGCUAUGCAUUCAGUUAUUGGAUGCUGCCAAUGCAACAGUGAAUGACUGUCAACUGCACACACAUGCACAUACUGCUCGGCUACAUAAACCAAGUAUCCGUGACAAUCACAAUGAACUCUGUCGCAGCCAACUAGGUGCAUUCUGGGACAAACACAAUGCAACAAUCCAGCGACUUGAAUGCGCCAAUGAACAUAUGAUCUGGAUCAAGUUUGCUGAUACACUUGACCAGACAGUCUUGCAAACACACAUUGAUGGAUCGUGGAUCUCAACAAACUCGUCACCACCGAUCAUGAUCGAUUUCAAACCAAACAAGUGUGUUGUUCAAAUGCAACAUACUCAGUUUCCAUGGUUACAGCACUUUGAUUCCAAAUUACCAAUUGAUAUGAUGCUACACGAACAACAGAUUCGUCGUGUUCAACACUACAAAUAUCUGGAUGUUGUAUUGCACGAACCACUGUAUCACACCAUGCGACUGGACUAUAAUCAGGUUGCUGUAUGCAAUAGCAUGUUGGUUGUGUCCGAUUCUUGCAAACCAUCAACUCACAAUCAACUUUCAGACACGAAUAUUCUUGGCAGUCAGUCUAUUAAUGAUCAUGUAUGCACUGGAUCUGGUUGGUGGUUGGUGAUGACUUGA